CGUUAUCAGUGAACAUACAACGUUGUGUAAUGUUCUCAGCAAGAGCGACUCAGGGUGACGAAGAUGAGAAGGGCUGGAUUCUUCCUGGGGGCGUUAGGGCUUCUGUGUGUCUUCAUUAGUUGUGAUGGAGCAAGGGGAGGAUACUCUGAAAACGCAUGCUACUUUUGCACCGACACCGGAAGUAACCCUGACUGUCGGGAUUACGACCUCCUGUUCAACGCGAAUUUGAAAAACAACGACACAGAACAGAUACUAUUGAGGAAUUGUUCAUCAGACCAGCCUUACUGUAUGAUCGAACUCUACGUAAAAUUAGGUCAGGUGUACAGCUACAUCCGGGACUGCACAUCCAAUCGUUCCGAUUCCUUCUCCUUUGCCAUGGAAGGAAGACUGAAACACGUGUCCCCCAACAACGUUACAACAUCCAAUGGUAUUGAGUGUUACAAAUGUGAGUCAACAGUCGGUGGCAGCGACUGUGACGCCCUGUACAACGUGACCGCCGACACACGAGAGCAAGAAUUCGGUAGGAACUGCACCGGCGUGGGAGACUUCUGUGUCAUUGAAACUUUCACUCAACAUAAAACUGAUAUGUACAGCGUGAUACGGGACUGCAGCGAUAACACCACCUAUUCCUUCAACAUCUCCUUCCCUCUCAACCUUCACCUUCCACCAAAGCCAAAGGACGUUGCAGAGAAUCGAACCAAGUGUGUACGGGUGUACAAGAGAGUAGAUGAGGAACAAAUGAAGAUGGUCAGCAGCAUUCUCACCAGCAAGAAGCCCAGAACCGAGGAAGUACGAUGCAAAGAGGAACACAAGGCUUCAACUCCAGAAGAUGAUUCAAGUGACCCUGAGGAGAAUGGAAAAGGAAGAAGGAGGUGCCGCCGGUUCCAAUUUAUUAACUGCAGUGUGCAGAAAUUGUAAAAAAUAAAUCAUUUUGAAUG